GUGUCGGUGGUAGCAGCGUGCAUUUCUUGUGAUUUUUCAUCCUAAAAUAUUGUGCUUUUUUGGAGGCAGAAUCCGCAGUACCUGGCCUACAGGAAGCACUCUUCGGAUGGUGUUGUGAGCAGUGAAUAGGCACAAGAUGAUUGAACACGAACAGCCCAACAUCACCGACACGGAGGUGAUAGAUCAUGAAGAGUUUCUCGAUCGCAUCAAGAAAACGCUCUACUACGGUUCGUCCAAGGUGCGCUGCACCAAAAUCAGCCGACCGCUGGCCGACUACGCAGCGGAUGUGUUUUCUGAAACGCAUCGCGGCCAUUCCCUCAGUCGAUUGAACUUUGCGACUGUCGGCAAUCUAUCCGUGACGCCAUGCUCACUCAUCCUGGCUAUGAUCUAUCUCGAUCGAUUAAACGCCACCGAUCCGACCUUUGUUCGCCGCAUCACACCGUCGGAAUUAUUUAUAGUAUCAAUGAUGGUCUCGACUAAAUUCUAUUGCGGUUACGAUGAGGACAUCUAUCUAAGUGCCUGGGCCGAGUAUGGAAAUAUGACUCCGGAUCAAAUGAAAACAUUGGAACUAGAAUUCUUGGACGCAAUGAAUUGGAAUGCGUACGUCUCCAAGCGAGAUUUCUUUGAAAAAUUAAAGUCGGUUGAAAAGGUACUAGCAAAGCGGCAAGGUCUCACCCGUGGCUGGUUAACUUACACCGAGCUUAUCAACUUUCUACCUUCCUUUGCGAUGGCCAAACAGUUGAUACACUAUAGCACCGUGCUCGCUCUGAGCUAUACCGCCAGCGUAAUGACCAUUGCUGGAGCCUUCCUGUUAGCUAGCAAUCUACAUCUCCCGGGAAACUUGCUGUACCGAGGAGGAUCCACCAGUCUGAAAGGCAGUAACAACAUUUCCAGCCACCGCACAUUGUCUCAGCAAACCCGACUCGACAGUAUGAUCGACAGUUCCGCCACUGUCGAUGAUACAAACACUCUGGAAGACUGCAUCUCGGAUGGGACCCUUACCGCAUCGCAGAUAAAUGCAACCCUCAAAGACUGUGAAGCGUCUUUUGCUUCCGGGCAGCAACAGACGCUACUCGAACGAAAUUGGCAUAGUACAAACCACCCAGAGGUUAAUGUUUUCUCACCGUACCGUUACCGGAACAUCCGCUUCAUUUUCGAUCCAGCCGGAGGUAAUAAUGUGGUACAACAGAUAGAUUUUAUUCAUUCCGAGCACGAGUCUAAUCACGACCCGGAAAGAGGAACGAAUUUCGAAUCAGAUGGCGACCCGAUGGCGGAACUUAACGGCCCGGCUGGAUCUCAAAAUUGUUCGUACGAUUGCUUCAUUCCACUGAUCGGCGGCAGUAAAAAAUGGUGUCCAGAAGGAGAGCAAGAGAAUUACGAUGGUAUCUAUAAGCACUACAAGAAGACGUACGAUGUUUUCAGUUCUCUGUUGAAAUUUUUGUAAUGAGCCCCUGAAGAAAAGGCUCUAGAAGUAGAUAGACUAACACACAGAAACCACAUACAUAAUAGAUUUUGUUUCGUUUAAGGAAACUAAAAAAUCAAUCAAUGGCUUAGCUGUAUGAGCUAUAUCAGCUAUUGGAACUCAAAAUUGUUCAGAAAUCUAAUGUACCUUUUGAUUCAUUUCAUUCCCGAAUUUUUACAAUUAACAUUAUUUCAAGCAAAACUAAUUAUUAUAGUUUUUUUUAUUUUACAUUGAAUAAAAACUACCAAUUGUUUCUUUUCUCCUUUAUUAUUAAAUCUGUUGAAUGCUUUUUGCAAUAAAGUUAAUUAUUCA